AGUUUAUUUCUGGCCAGAUUUAUUGCCGAAAGCCUUUAGCGGAUCCCAGACGGAUGUAGUUCAUGGUUCAGUCCAUAUUACCCGCUGGCUAUAACAUAUAUAUGUGGUAUUGAAAGCCACAAACAACAAUGAGGGGAAAGCGGGAGGGGUCUAGGUCUGGCGGUAGUUGUGAUACCUACCGUCUGCAACCCGUAAAAAAACACCUCAUCAACCCCAUAUUUGCAGUCCAGAUCAUCACACACGCUUCUCACACUGCCCGAGAAUCCUGACCACCAACCGCAAACAUGUCAACCGAAAUCCCCCCAACCUACCCCGACCCCGAAUACGAAGCCGCUCACCAAGCCACCUACGAGCGCACCCCCCGCUAUCCCAUCAACCCCGUCCUCCCACCCGGCAUCACCCAAGAAACCUGGACCAAAGCCAUCCAAGCCUUCGUCUCCGUCCUCGACCAAGACGCCGUCCUCAUCGACUCUGCGAUGUCCGAUUACAUCGACCCAUACGACCUUCACGAGGCCGAGUCAGCAACGGACAAGCGCAAAGUCCCCAGCGCAGCCGUCUGCCCCAGCUCCACAGACCAGCUGAGCGCCAUACUGAAGAUUGCCAACGAGUUCACCAUCCCGCUGUGGACUUUUUCGAGGGGCAAGAACUUGGGAUAUGGCGGGCCGGCACCGCGAGUGAACGGCUCCGUGGCGCUGGAUUUGCACAGAAUGGACAAGAUUAUCGAAGUUAAUGAUCAAUUCCACUACGCGGUCGUGGAGCCCGGUGUGACGUUUAUUGACUUGUAUCGGCAUUGUGUUGAGCACGGAAAGAAGGUGUGGCCGAGCACGGCGAGCUUGGGGUGGGGGAGUGUGAUGGGGAAUACCCUAGACCGCGGCACCGGCUUCGGCGCCCUCUUCACCCACCACCAAUCCAUCGCCGGCAUGGAAGUCAUGCUCGCCUCCGGCGACCUCGUCCGUACCGGACAAUGGGGGAUAACCGCCAACGACUCGCCCAACGCUUUCUUGUCGAAAUUCACCUACGGCCCCUCCAUCGAGGGCCUCUUCCUGCAAUCCAACCUGGGAGUCGUCACCAAAAUGUCCAUCUGGCUGCAACCACAGCCGCAGGCGUUCAUGUCGUGUAGCUUCAGCAUGCCCUUCUUCGACGACCUGGAAGUCAUGGUCGACGCCUUUGGCGAGAUGCGGCGCAAUGGAACGAUCCCGAGUUGUGUGUGGUUCACUUCGUUGAUUGAGACGUUGUGUAUCGCUGGCAGGAGAGAGGAUUACUGGAAGGGAGAAGGACCAAUUCCGGAUUGGCGGCUGGAGGAGCUGAGGCUGGAGACGGGGUAUGGGCAUUGGUAUGCGCGAUGGGGGCUGUACGGGCCGAGGAAGGUGGUGAAGGCGCAGUUUGAGGAGAUCAAGGAGGUGUUGGCGAAGAAGGCGCCUACGGGGACGAUCUCGGGGACGUUGUAUGCUGAUGAAGAAGGGGUGAAUGCGGGUAAGGUGCCGGUGGAACAUGGGAGCAUGUUUGUUGGUGUGCCGCAGCUUUGGAGUUUGCCGUUGAUCAACUGGCCGAUUCCGAAGAGCAAGACGGAUGGGAAGGCGGCGCAUGGGGAUUAUGCGCCGGUGAUCCCGUCGUCGGGGAAGCUGGUGAUGGAGUGGAUGAAGAAGAGUAAGCCGAUUUGCGAGGAGAACGGAGUGGAGCUGAUGGCGGAUUUCUUCAUGCAUGAGAGGCAUGUGGUGUUGAUGAAUAUGUUUACCUGGGACCAGACGGAUCCUGUGCAAAAACAGAAGAUCAAAAAGCUGUAUUAUGGCCUUCAUGAGGUAGCGAAGGAGAGGGGGUAUGGCAUGUACAGAGCGCAUGUCAACCACAUGGAUCUGAUUGCGGGCUUGAACGACUUCAACGGACACGCCUACAACCGCUUUGUUGAGAACAUCAAGGACACUCUGGACCCCAAGGGCAUUCUAUCCCCAGGCAAGCAAGGUAUAUGGCCUAGGGGGUUCCGCCAUCUGAGAGAGAACCAAGAGUACGACGGCUAAAAAGGAGACAAAAACAUUCUCGAUCAUCCAGAAGGUGACUGGGACAUUCCAGAACCCGUAAACGGAGAAAUGGAGGUUGGAUGGAUUACAUUACUAUUUCUUUGGUUUUAU